UACAAAUAACAAUUUCUUAGGAAAGCUACUGUAACUUGUAUUAUGAAAGCAAGAUAUUGAGUAUUGAGAGGAAACACGCUAGAUUUUAACACUUAAACUAUUAAGUACACAUUUAGCUGCAUCAAGUUGCAUUGCUAGAUUGUUGCUAGAUUAAUCCUUCAAGUUCCGCGAAUCCAGAUACAAUAGAAAUGCUUGGGGGCUGAGAGGUUAACAUAAUUUGAAACUGUUUGUGUCUAUGACUCCGGUCAAUAAAAAAGAAUAUUCUUUCAUAAACGUCUUAGUUUGUUGUCAAUUUAACUGUCAUAACACGACUUAAAAACCAUCAAGCUCCAAAACGUGAUAGGUACGAUAGAAAUUAUUAAAUAAUUAAGCAUUAUGUCUAAACUAUGUGGGACAAGUGGUGGGAAAGGGAACUUGGGGAUGUUCAGAGAGAGAGACCCAAAAGUUUGCGCUGCCGGGAUUCCUAGCUCUCAAGCCACUAAUCGUGUAGCAGAUUCUCUUCAGCAUUACUUACUUCAAGAGGAAGUAGAAGCACUUAUUAGAGACUCGAUUCAACCACCGCCUAAACCACAAAAGCUGCCACCGCUACGGCAUCCACCAAAACCUGAUAUGAGAAACUCUGGGCCAUUCAACCAAGUCAGAGACAUCAUUAACCCUCCCAUCAAAACUAAAUUUCAAACACUAGUACAUGAUUUUAAAGAAUCAGUGUAUACCUCGUACUGGAAGAAGGUCGUUGGAAAAGUACCCGAUCCAGUACCUACUUUGCCACAAGGUUUUGAUGUUUUAUCUACACUUGGGAAAAAACUGCCAGACUGUGGACGCUUGUAUGAUAUUGUAAUGCCAAAAGAUCCAGUACCUGACAAAACACCGGCUUCAAAACAACCUGGUUACCAAACUAAUCGUAAUUAUUGCUCGACAACUUUCAACCCUAACAAAGUAUUUGGUAUGAGAGCUAAUGUAGACCCACGAGGAAAAUUUGCCAAGUGUUGUCUUACGUAUGACAACAUUAUAGAUGGCACGAAUUUGAAGAAACCAAUUAAUACAUAUUUGGCUAACUUUCAAGAUGGGAAACGGGUGGAGCUAGGAAGAGCAUCAGCGCCAAACGAUAAUAUAUCUUGCGUGCCAGAUGGGUAUGCGUUUGGUAAACUUAAACCACCCAGUAGAGUGGUCGACUGCCUAACCACUUGUGAACUGAACCCCAACAGGGAGCUUUUCAAAAAGUGCUUGGGACAUCUCAAUACUCUACGGAAAUUCAUGUCUAAAAGAUACGAGGGCACAUUCUUCCGCCAGCUAUAUUUAAGUUUGAGAUAUUAUGAUAAGGAGAAAACUGGAUGGUUACCGAAAGAACUGAUUUAUGAAUACUGUAAUCGUAAAUUCAUUCGAUUCAAUUCAUCACUAAUUGAACCAUUGUUAUCAUUGUGGGAGGCAUUUGAUGGGGCACAAAUUAAGUAUGAAACUUUUGUUACUAUGCUCAACUUCACGCAAUCUAGUCCAGAAUUUCCCAAAAUUCCUGAUAUUCCUGAUGAGUGUAUUGAUUUUCGUACAACCUAUACUGAAAUGGUAAAGCCAGGACAAGAUUCUGGAACAAAACGUAUGGCGGGACUGCCAUCGGGGAGAUAUUUUGACAUGGAUUAUCCUGUGACACCUCUGGGUUGUUGCAAAGCAGAUAGAGUUUAUUUACCACAUGAGUCAGAUGCAAAAUCGUGUUUAUGUCCCAGUUUGUUUACACUUCUGAACGUGAGUCAUCGCGAUAUGUAUGCCAAGCGUGAGCCAGAUUUAAUAAGGAAAAUUUUUGAAGGGGCAGGUGAACAAUUUGAUGAUGAAAAGUUUAACACUAUUUGGGAUAACGCUAAAAAAUACCACACUGAAGGGUGGGUCUGUAUUGAAACAUUUCGUCGCAGUAUGGAAGAGUUAGAAAGCGCAGAAAAAGAAAAGAAAGCUUAAGGUUCUUUAAAGUGUGUUAAUAUUUAGAAAAUUUUAGAGAUAAGUUUUACAUAAUGUUAUGUUAUUGUUAGAGCUUUUAGAGUAAAGUAUUUUAAGUUUACAAAUAUUUU